AAGAAAAAGCGCAGGCAACUUGCAGAGAUUGCAAUCAUAAUAUUGAGGAUGAAGUUUCUCGUUAUUGCAGUUGUUCUUAGCAUUAUGAAUGCAGGUGUUUAUGGAGCAGACCCUGAUCCGCUUACAGACUUCGCUCCUGGACUAAAAACCUUCACACUCCGCAACAUUUUCUCUAAUGGAGAUGUUACUGUCGAUUCGGGAGGAGUACGUGCUGCCACUUCAGUCGCCAAGUUUCCUGCCGCAGCAUCUCAGGGGCUGCAAUAUGUGAGGUUCAAGAUGGUUCCGUGUGGAGCAAAUCUACCACAUACACAUCCACGAGCUUCAGAAAUGCUUACUCUUAUCUCCGGAGGGCCUCUUCAAGUUGGUUUUGUUGACACUCAAGGUCAAGCUUUCAUCGAUAUUUUGCAUCCUGGAGAUGUCACUAUAUUUCCGAGGGGUACACUCCAUUUUGAGCUUAAUAUUGGAAGUGAAGAAGCUAAUUAUAUCUCUGCUCUCAACAGCCAAAAUCCUGGUGUCGUGACGAGCAGCGUGUCAAUAUUGAGGCUUCCGUUGAAAAUUGUGGCAACAGCUUUCAACAUCACCCAACAAGCUGUGAAGAAAUUAGAUUCAACGAUAUAUGCCAGUGCAACGGGACUGAAGAAAACAUCCAAAAGCGGUUGCGUUCCAGGGAGAGAUAUUACUGUAGACUUUUAA